UUGUCUUCACAUAUAAAUAGAAGUUGGCGCGCCUAUUUCUUUCUUCAUUAGAAGAUACGCGCAUACACACAUCUAAGGCUCAUUUGACUGGAAAACCUAAAGCAAGCACUAUUUGGCGGAAGGUUACAUUUAUAAAGCCAUUAGUUACUGCUUUUGGUAUCAGUGCGCCGUGCUAGCUAGUGUGCAGAGGAAAUACAUAGGAAGCUGUAUACGCCAUUUUGUACUGCCGCCUGUUCGCAAUCGCUGACCGUACCUUCCGCGCUUCCAUCGAACCAAUUUGUUACCCUAGUGCGUCCUCCUCACCAAGCUUCCAAGCUGGAUAUGUCAGGAGGUGGGGUGAUCAGGGGGCCGGCGGGCAACAACGAUUGUCGAAUUUAUGUCGGCAACCUUCCGCCUGAUAUCCGUACCAAGGACAUCGAGGACGUCUUCUACAAAUACGGCGCUAUCCGGGACAUCGAUCUUAAAAAUCGUAGGGGAGGACCGCCAUUUGCAUUUGUAGAAUUUGAGGAUCCCAGGGAUGCUGAAGAUGCUGUUUAUGGAAGAGAUGGCUAUGAUUAUGAUGGCUAUCGCCUACGUGUAGAAUUUCCACGGAGUGGACGUGGAGCUGGAGGAAGAGGUGGUGGCGGUGGUGGUGGUGGAGGAGGAGGAGGUGGUGGUGGUGGCGGCGGUGGAGGAGGUGGCGGUGGAGCACCCCGUGGGCGUUAUGGUCCUCCAUCCAGGCGCUCAGAGUACAGAGUUAUUGUUUCAGGGCUGCCGCCAAGUGGAAGCUGGCAGGAUUUGAAGGAUCACAUGCGUGAAGCAGGUGAUGUAUGUUAUGCUGAUGUUUACCGAGAUGGUACCGGUGUCGUGGAGUUUGUGCGGAAAGAGGAUAUGACCUACGCAGUGCGGAAACUGGAUAACACAAAAUUUAGGUCCCAUGAGGGUGAAACUGCCUACAUUCGUGUUAAAGUUGAUGGUCCAAGAAGCCCAAGUUAUGGAAGAUCGCGGUCUCGCAGCCGUAGUCGUAGCAGGAGCCGUAGUAGAAGCAACAGUCGAAGCCGCAGCUACUCUCCAAGAAAAAGUCGUGGAUCUCCACGUUACUCUCCCCGUCACAGCAGAUCUCGUUCCCGUUCAUAAAUCCCUCCCCCAAGUGAUGCUUUUUUUUUGUAGACCAUGUUGUACGCUUUUUUUUUUUUUUUUUUUAUUUCCCAUAACUUUUUUUUUUUUUAUUCACUGUUUUAUUCAAGCUUGCUGAAGUGUUGCUCCUCAUGUAUAACAUCACAAGCAAAUUGUUACUCCUUAACACACAUUUCCUUUAUGCCAAACACUGUAUUUUAGCAGUUGUAGGUACUUUCAGCUUAAUAGGCCACUCUUCAGGAGCACCACUGGGUGUCUGCACUGGGGAUUUUGGGUGGUUAUGGUUAACUUUUGUGUGGUGAAAUCCUGUUUUACCUUACCUUUUCAUGUGUCUUUCUGUAGACAUAACUGAAGAGAUGGAUUAAAGGAUUGUGGAGGACAUUUCAAUCAUUUUAGGAUUGUCAAAAGGAGGCUUGAGGAGGAUCAAAUCAAAAAUGGAGGCCAUGGUAUGACUCCACAAGUGCUAUUGUCAGACACUUAGCAGUAUUGACUUUAUGCCCCAAACUUUUUUAUGUUUUUUUUUAACAGCACAAUUCAACAUACAUCCUUUAAAACAAGUCUUAUAAAUUAGUGUGCUUGUAGAAACUCUUCCAUUCCUUGUCAUAGUGUAUACUGCCACAAAACAUGUGAAUGUCUUGUGAGCCUUCUACUUAGGGUAGUGUAAUAUCAAUACUGCUAAAUUUGCAUGUCCUCUGUGCCUGGUGCAGCAUUGCUCUUGUGUUUUUUAAUUGCUAUAAUUAAAAGUAAAUGUGAUACUCUAAAAUGUUGCCGUAUAUUGAUGUGGGAGGGAGGUAUUGCUUAGGCCCAUUUACAUAGUGUUCUUUACACAUAGUUUCUAGAUCACAACACUACAUUAGUUGUAGAUGACUAGCUGGAAAAUUACUUACCAUACUGAUAUUGGGAAAAGUCUAAAUCCUUUUUCUAAAGGCACAUGAGAGAUGUUUGAAGUUGUAUGCAUUACUUACAACCCAGGUAAUUGCAAAGCUGAUUUGUGUACUCCAUGUUAAACGUACCUCUUGCCCUUUUUACCAUUAGCCUUGGGUUUUUGUUGGUGGCUACAACUUCAAACUAGUGUUCUGACUUAAAUUUCAGAAUUAUUCAGCUAGCUUUGCAGUGUUUUUACUGGACUGGAAGAGCUUCACUAAUGUAAUGCAUCCUUUCCUUGUCCCUUUUUAAUAAUAGGAAAGUGCAAAGGGACCAUUGCUUAAGGUAAUAAAAAAAAAAAAUAUUCUGGAGCAUAGCAUCAAAAAUCUGCCUUUAACUGGACUUAAAGGGACAGUGUACUGAAUAUUGCCCCCCCCCCCCUUAAUGUGUAAUCACUGUUUUUUGUUUCUUUUGUUCAUUCCAAAUUACUCUGCAGUAAUGCUAUAGGUGUUUAUCUCUGGAGCAGAGAUUUACUAAAAUUGCCAUUUUCAAUUGGUGGUCUAGCUUUUCUGCAUGCAGAUAUCAGAAAAGGUCAUUGAGUCUAGAAGAGAAUAAGGUUGUCUUGUGCAAAGUCAGCCUAUCUAAAUUCAUUGUAGUUUUAAUCUACAGAAUUUUUUUCCUAUUCAAAAACAAACCUAAUGGUGCAUUUUUCCCAUGCAUUUUAUACUCUGCAGCUGGUAAAACAUCUUUGAAACAUGGGAAAAUACUUUUACAGUACACUGUCACUUUAUUUAGUUGUAGUAGACUUGCUCCAUUUUUUUUCUCUUUAUACUCACACUUUAAAGGUUCUAUUAAAGUGAAUGUCAUGUUACUAAUAGCGCCCCACUACAUUGGAUAGACAAAAAUUUACAAGGGUUGACAUUCACUUUAUUUUUUUGUAGGAUUGGGCUCUUCUCCCAGAGCAGUCUCAAAUUUUACACCUGAAGGUCCUUAGAGUGGUCUGUGGACCUAUAAUUCCCAGGAGGAUUAUUUCAGCACACUAUGCAAUAUGAUUAUGAUCCUUGGCUAUUUGCAGUCUAAUAUAAGCCCCUUGUUUGAGUCAGUGAAUUUAAGGGGAAUAUCACUUUUUGCUUACAGGGUUGUCCCUCCAUUGUAGAUCAGGAUACAAACAUCACUUUUUGUUGCUAAAUAAGUCACUCAGUUUUCUUACCCUGCUCCUUCCCUAGUGUUCCACAGAUUGGCAGUUAUUAGUUUUAAUCUGCAAGUUUUACCUGCAGGAGUAAAAAAAAAUAUAGCUAUACCACACCAUUCGAUAGAUCUUUGUUUUGGGAAAUUGACCAGUUAUCUGUGCGCUUGAUUUUUCAGUUUGCACACAUAACUGGUCAGUUCCCAGAAACGUGUGUUAAUACUAUCUAACUCUGCCUCUCUUUUUUGGUUUUGCUGGUUAUAAAGGUUUGGAGAGGGCUCACUGGAUCCCAGUCCUGGAGCUGGAUCAUUGGAUUCAAAUCAUAGGAAUGAAUAGGAUAGGGAGGAUGAAUUACCAGGAUUCAUGGAGCGGGAUCAUAUAACAAGGAUCAUAGGAGUGGAUUCCUGCCCCAUCUAGACCGCAUUUGUGUGGAAUUUUUUGUUUUUACCUCAAUUGGCUAUUCUUAAAAUAUAUAAUUAUUUUUGGCAAGUGGAGCCCUUAGGAUGCAAGGAGGAGUUUGCAUAAUUUUUUUGUUAAAGGAGCAGAGGAGUCCUAAGGAGGCACGCUGGAGCAAUCUCCUGGGAAGGAUACAGCCUGAAUAGAUGGUAAACUUAAGGGGGGGUUAUAAGCAUUAAUUCCAUUUCUAAAUUUAAAACAAGGGGUCAAGAUGACAGGUAUUUUAAUUUUAAGGGUUUUUGUUAAUGCUUUUGACAAAUAAAUGACUGAAUGAGUA